AUGGGUCUACCCCGACUAUAUAUGCCUCUGCGCAGGUCGCUUUCCCAGAUCCCUCCAACCUGUCGCAAACCGAACAGCACUCCAACAGCCUUCCGCAGAUUCUACUCAGAGAGACCCCAACCAGAGAAGGAAGCGCAACCACCGAAUUCGGGCAAAACAUCAAAGUCAGCUCCUGAGAAACCGGAGAAUAAGAAAGAGAAGAAGGGUGACUUCACCGUGAAGUUCCCCCGCGCGCGGCUCAUAAUCGGCAUUCCAUUUCUUUCCUUCCUUGUAUAUGAUAUGAUGACAAACGAAGUCACCGAAUUCGACUCUCCGUCGAUUGUGGAGAUUGACGAGAACCUGAAGAAAAAAGCCGCUGUCAGCGAGACCUCGCCAAUGCGGUUGCGCAUGGAGAAGUUGAUCAAGGACCACCAACAGAAGAUCGUCGAGGAACUUAGCCGGAUAGACGGAAAGCAAUUCAAAGCAGAUACCUGGACUCGACCAAAUGGAGGAGGCGGAAUUUCAUGCGUUCUCCAAGACGGCAACGUCUUUGAAAAAGCUGGUGUCAAUGUAUCCAUCGUUUACGGCGAACUACCCCGCCCGGCGAUUGAGAAGAUGCGGGCAGACCACAAGUCUUUCGUCGGUGCCGACGUGGACUCCCUGAGCUUCUUCGCCGCCGGUCUGUCUCUCGUCCUACACCCCCACAACCCUAUGGCGCCAACGGUUCAUCUGAACUACCGCUACUUCGAGACGUCAGACCCCAAGGAUCCUAUCAAUGGCGACAAGAACUGGUGGUUCGGCGGUGGCACAGAUCUCACCCCCUCUUACCUCUUCCCCGAGGACGCCCAGCACUUCCACCAAACCAUCAAAGAGGCCUGCGAUCGCCACGACGCAACUUACUACCCUAAGUUCAAGGCUUGGUGCGACAAGUACUUCUACCUUCCACACCGCCGCGAAUGCCGCGGCGUCGGCGGCAUCUUCUUCGAUGACUUAGACGCCAACUUUCUCGAAAGCUCCUCCCACUCCUCACAAAACCCACAAGAGACCCUCUUCUCCUUCGUCUCCGACGGCCUCGCCUCUUUCCUCCCUUCCUACGUCCCCAUAAUCGAGCGCCGCAAGAACAUGCCCUUCACCCCACAACAGAAAGAAUGGCAACAACUUCGUCGCGGCCGCUACGUCGAAUUUAACCUCGUUUAUGACCGUGGCACGAGCUUCGGCUUGAGGACACCUAGUGCCCGUGUUGAGAGUAUCCUGAUGAGUCUUCCCCGUACCGCGUCAUGGGCCUACAUGGAUCCCGUGUCUGGUACCCGGACGGAGAAUAUGGAUGAUGAGGAGGCGCUAGGCGAGGAUAAGGCGCAUGAAAAAGAGAUGAUGGAUGUGCUGAGGCAUCCCAGGCAGUGGGUUUAG